CCAAUCACAAAAAGUCCACAGCGCCGCGAAAGAAGUUUUCACUUCAAAAAAAUAAAGCAAUCCCCAACUGGCUUCAUAAUUUUCGCGUAUGCUUGUUAUUCUUGUAGGCAAAGCAACCGUUUGCACUUUCACAUUCGCUAUUUUAAACCCAAUACAUCAUUUCAGAUAUCCUGCAUACCCCUUCUUUUGGACGUCAACGAAAUCAACAUCAUAGCUCUACACAUACUAGCUGGCAUAUCAUCAGGUGGCCUGUAUACAAUCUUCCCGAUAUACAUCCGAGAGAUAAGUUCCAUACAAAACAGAGGGUUAGCUCUCUCCCUGUUCAUGCCAAUGACGGCAGCAGGGUAUCUGAUGAGACUGGUAACGGAUUUGGACGCGCUGAUGUUUUUGAUGGUGGCUCUUGUGGUGGUUCAAAUGAUCACGGUGUUCUGUCUAGUGGAGUCCCCGAGUUAUUUGGUCAUGAUUGGGAAUCCUGAGCGAGCAAAGCUAACAGUGUCGAGAUUAAAAUGCCUGCUGCCCGAGCACCCGACCGUGCUACGAGAAGUCGCCAGCUUGAAGGAUGAAAGCGACAGAGCGAGGGCUGCGGGGAAAUUGCACACGAUAACAAUAAUUAAAAACCCGAUAUGGCGCGACGCCACCAAAAUCGGCUUGGUCCUCCACAGCACCAUGAUCCUGUGUGGCAGUAUCAUCUUCUUGGAUCAGCACAAGACCCUGGUACAGCUGGGGUCACCGGCAGAUCCCGACAGGGUGCUCACUCUGGCUUGCUUCUGCGCUGGCAGUUUACUAUGUACAGUCGUCAUACGAGUAACGGAAAGAAAUUACCUCCUAACCGGCGCCUUCUUCGUGAUGGCUGUAUCAAUGGGCACGCUGGCGGUAUACACGCAGGCUGAUCUGACUGUGUACACAAACCGCUGGGUACCCGUGGCCGCGCUCGGAGUACUCGUAGCAGCGUACGGCGUGGUUUGGGGGCUACCCGCGCUUGUGAUAACGGAGCUGUUUAACUGUGAGAUCCGAUCGCACCAGCUAGCCCUCCUCUACGUCUAUUCCCAGCUCAUAAAACUGGUGCACGUGUACAGCUACCCCCACAUCGAGGCGUACAUCGGCGUGUACACCAUGUUCUAUAUAUUUGUCGGAAUCAACCUGUUUGCGGCGGUGUACUGUCUGUUCCAUAUACCGCAGCUCAAGAACAAGACGACGAGACAGAUCGAAAAGCAACUGAAGAGAGUACCGCUUUUGAAUAUUUAACUACGAGUAGUAAUAUGAGAAUCUGAUUUGUACAACAGUUAAGGUGAUGUUCGAAUGGCAACUGCAGCUGCAUUACUGUUACGAAAUUGCUGCUACAGCGUUGAUGCUGUAUCUGUCAAUUUCCUUAAUCAAAUUGAACGUCAUAACCGCGGAAGUAAUGCGGCGGCGACCGUCACUUAUUUUAUUAAUAAAAUUUACAGAUACAGAGGCCUAGUUCAAUCCGCAGCAGUAAUGCAGCUGAAGUUGACAUCCGAAUGUCACCUUUACUCUGCAGCGUUGCUGGUGUAGCGUCAUACGUCAUAAUCGCGGCAGAUAUCACUGUAAAUUUCCUUGAUAUUUGCUAUCACUAUUGCAGUACUGUAGUGAUUAGAACGUUCAAUACUCAACUAAUUGUAUCAUAGAGAUUGACAGUGACAUUACCAGUUUCUAGCUGCUGCCGCAUAAAGCAGCCUGACUUAACCAGAUCCUUAUACAGUCACGUCGAAUAUACAUAGAGUGUGGGAAAAAUGAAUGGGUCCUGGAGAGAAAGUGCCUUUGAACCUCAAGUUAGCUCACAAGGAAAGGUACCCAACUGUCCGGUUCCGAUUUGAUUUAUAUUUAUAUAUGUUAUAGAGUAGUCUAAGUUUAGGAAAACUUGAGUUUAAGCAGAUAUAACAAAACACUUGUACAUUAUUUUUUCCUGUUCUCAAACAUAUACUCAAACAAGCCAUUAACUAGCAAGUUGCUUGAGCAUCACUUUCUAUAGGAGUUAGAAGAUUUAGUAACUUUUUAGUACUUUGGAGGACAAUUUCUCCCAAUAGUUUGAGUUUCGGCAGCUAAAAAAAUACGUGUCCGUUAUUUUAGACUACUCUAUAACAUAUAUAAAUAUAAAUAAAAUCGGAACCGGACAGUUGGGUACCUUUCCUUGUAAGUUUGGAAUUACAAAUGGAACGAAUACCUGGAACAGUCAGUCUAAGCAUAGAGAAAUAAGUAAGCAUUGAGUGUUCAAUCCAUACAUCAGUUUUCUUACCAAAACGCAUAUUAUUUUCGGAGUAAUGUAGCGUUAUGUAGAAGAUAUAUCAGUACCGUUACUUGACAAUAGAUAACACUAGUGUCGCGACUGACGAAAAGUGUAUUGCUCAACAAUUGACAAUUAAUAUUACAGGCAGAAGGAGUUGAAAAUAGAGUUCCGGUUAUCGAUUAUAGGUUAUAAUAUUAGCUGAAAAGUAGAAAAGUAUAUAUGCCCUAAGCAUACUAAAAAAGAACACAAACUUCGAGUGUGCAUUAUCCGCAUACUACGCAUAUGCGUGCGCAUGGCUUCGGUACGCUGUAGUCCUUUGGGGUGAUAGUGUCGAGGCCGAGCAACUUUUUAUAAUGCAGAAGAAGUGUAUUCGAAUUUUAGCGAAUGUGCGUAUACCAGACAGCUGCCGUCCGUACUUUGUCCGCUACAAACUAUUAACACUGCCCUGCAUCUAUAUAUUGCAAGCUGCUAUUUUUGUUCGCAAAAACUCUCAUUUAUUUGAAUUAAAACAGGAUAAGGAAACAACUAGAGCACAGUAUAGGAAUAAAUUGCAACUACCUCAAACCAAACUACAAAUGUGUAGAAAUAGUCCACAUUACAAAUGUAUCCUAAUAACUAAUAAAAUUCCAGACUCGAUUAAGCAAGAACCUGAAAAUGCGACCUUCAAAACUAAAUUAGAAAUAUUAUUUACUCGAUAAAUGCUAUUAUUCAAUUAAUGACUUUUUUGAUGAUAAUUUAUAAUUGGUAUUUUAUUUUGAAUUAUUACUGUACUGACUAUUUAUUUAUCCAUACAAUUGUAGCAUAUUUAAAUGUAUUAAUAAUUUAAUUUUAUGUGUAUUUGUAAAUUCGGAUGAUGAUCGUGACGAAUAAUUUUAUUUUAUAAUGAUUAGCUUAUAUUUGUAAGGUAUUAGUAUAUUGUUGUUGUAUGUCCUCACAGGGCGUCAUGGACCGACUUACUGAAUUGUAUUGCAACACCUUAAUAAUGUAUGGACAUGAUUAUACAAUUAAUAAAUAAGUGUAAGAAAACUGACGUACGGAGUGAGCACACUCUAUGCUUAAUUAUUUCUCUAUGGUCUAAGCGUUGAACUGACUGCAACAGGACGAAGUGUGUUAUUAUAUUAUAACUGUCAUAGGAAUUUCAUAUGAAUGAUGAUAGUGCUGUACUUUGUCAUUGCAAACACCACGCAGAUUCGGCUGGGUCCGAUUCUAUCAAUCAUGUUCAGGUCCCUUUUCAGAGUCUGUUCGGAAAGAGAAGAGUCGUGGAAUGUAUUGGACCCCAUACAUUCCACGACUCUUCUCUUUCCGCACAGACUCUAUACUGAACAACACACAUCAAGUUGUUGAAUGGUUCAAUGCAUAAAAUACCGCAAUGAAGAUGAGAAUCGUUUAUAUGUAAUAGUAAACUUUUUCUUAGAAAUAAGUUUAAUUAAUUUUGAACGCUUAAAACAGUUUUUAACGUAACUAUAAAGUAAGACUUAACUUGGUUAAACUAAUGUGACAUGACAUGGAUAUAAAGAUUGUAUAAAUGUUUAUAGCGUAUGUAUGCUUCUAAAAAUACUUAUAUAAUAAUAUACCUAAUAAUUGUUAGUAAAGAAAUUCAUGUUUUUACGAUUUUUAUUAUAUACAUUUUCUACAUUUUAGCAGAUGUUACAUUUGA